AUGAGUCCCCACCCUGACGCCACAUACGCGCCAGUAAAGGCUGAAAUCCUCCGCCGCAACACGCGGUCGGAGGAAAGUCAAUUUAAUGAACUAAUGGCCGACAAACAGUUGGGGGACAGGACUCCAUCCCAGUUCCAGCACCACCUAAGGGAGCUAAGCGGGAACGCAGCAGACGCGCCACUCUUACGGAAGAUAUUCUUCUCCAGGUUGCCUGCCCACGUGCAGACAAUGUUGGCCACGGCACUGGAGUCUGUGCCAGUAGACCAGAUUGCCACGAUGGCCGACAAAAUAUUAGAAUUUUCGGGACCAUCUCCAUCGCGGGGCCUGUACGCAUGUACAGAACCCCCUCCGACACCUCCGACGAAAAAUUCAUUAGCCGAGAAGAUCGAUGCGCUUACGCAGCGAAUCGAUGAUCUGUGCCGUGCGAUCGGGCGCCGACCUCGCAGUCGUAGUCACAGUGGAUCUGUUUCCCGUAGUCGGAGUGACUCUGUUUCUCGUUCCGGCUGGUGCUGGUACCAUUCAAAGUAUGCCGAAAAGGCAGAAAGGUGUACUCAGCCGUGCACUUUCCAGCCCUCGGGAAACUAA